AUGGACAAUAUUUCCACAGGAGACCAAUUAAUCCUCCUCAGCAAGCUUCUGAAUCCUUCAGAGGGCCAUUCAGACUCAGAUGAGGACGACUGUGGCGCCUAUGAAGCACCAAAAGUGACUCCAGCAACAAUUUCCGCAACACCUUCGCAGCAAAAAGUUUGUCAAACUGUGCAGAAAAUUAAGGAGAAUUUUCCACGAAAUCUAGAGGAAUGGGAAGCUCUGGAGGAAACGCACAAUGAGGAGCUGGACACGAGGAAAAGGCCAGAGUAUCGAAUCUCCUACAAGCAGGAAGUGAAGGUGGAGGAUGUUUUUCUGAAGAUGAGCAAUAAAACUUCCGCCACGAGCAGUUGUGAGGACAUGACGGUAACAAUUGAGCUUCCUGAGGAAUCCUGUGAUGUGGAUUUGAUGGAAUUGAAGACAACUGAUCAAGAAAUUGACCUACAAACCCCAAUUUAUCGCCUUAAACUUUCCCUACCGCAUCCAAUUGACCCAGACAGGAAGAAAGCAGCCUGGAAUCCUGACACGAAAAAGCUAAUCUUGACCCUAAGGAUGACUCGAGAAUUGGAUUUUGUGAAUUUUUAA